GCGCUCUUCUGGUUACUUUCUCAACUGUAACAUGACGCCCUCUUGUGGACAAACUGAAAACUACAACAACAAAGAAAACCAAUAUGGCGGCCCCCACCAGGCUCAUUUCAAGGUUGACGCUAGUCACUGGAGGAGGCAGCGGGAUCGGACGGGCGGUGUGCCAGCGUUUGGCCUCUGAGGGUGCUUCCGUUGUGGUUGCAGACAUCAACCAAGAGUCAGCGAAUGAGACGUUGAGCAGCCUUCCAGACGACUUCAGAGGUCAGGUCCACACGGCGACUGUGGUGGACGUGUCGUCGAAAGACAGCGUAAAGAAGCUGGUGACCAACAUACAGACCCGUUACUUCCAGCCUCCCUCAGUAUGUGUGAACACAGCGGGCAUCACUCAGGACGACUUCCUGCUCAGCAUGGAGGAGGAACAGUUUGACAGAGUCAUUCAGGUCAACCUGAAGGGUUCCUUCUUGGUCACUCAGGCUGUGGCUCAGGCUCUGGUUGCAUGUGGAGCUCCCAAAGGAUCCAUCAUUACAGUUGGAAGCAUUGUGGGAAAAGUGGGGAACCUGGGACAGGCAAACUACGCUGCCUCCAAGGCUGGAGUUCAGGGUCUGACACUCACCGCUGCCAAAGAGCUCAGCAGAUUUGGGAUUCGGUGUAACUGUGUGUUGCCAGGUUUCAUAACCACACCAAUGACAGAUAAAGUGCCAGAGAAGGUUAUCAGCAAGAUCACAACCUUGGUGCCUCUGGGAAGAAUGGGAGAGCCUGCAGAGGUUGCUGAUGCCUGUGCCUUCCUUGCUUCUGACGACUCUCGAUACAUCACGGGAGCCAGCAUUGAAGUAACAGGUGGACUUUUUAUGGGCUGAACCAGCUGUCUGUCACACAGAUGAACACCAAGCAGAAGUCCAGCUUUGACUAUCCAUCCGUCCCUUUUCCAAAGUCACGUCAUCCCUUUGGGGUGUCACGGCAGGGCUGCUGGAUCCUAUCCCAGCUACUGUUGGUUGAAGGCGGGGUACACCCUGGAUGGUUCCCCAGUCCAUCACAUGGCUGCUUUGAAUAUGAAUACAUGUAGAAACAUGAUGACUUCAGAAUUCCAUUCAAUCACGAUUGUAUGAAGCCAUUUUAUGUACUAAUAAAAUCAAUAUUUUGCAAGUAUAUGUAAAUAUUAAAAAAUGUUAUUACAAAAAUUUGUAUUUUUGUAAUAUAUAAUGCUGAGAUAACCAACUGCUUUUCAUACAAAAGUUUUACAGCAAGAACCUGAAUCUUCUCUUUUAACUAUUACAUUCAGAAACUUACUUAUUACUGGUUUUGAGAAAAAAAAUAUCCACAUGCUCUAUUUGGCAAUUUGUGAAACACAAUUUUUACUGUUUUCUUUUAGUUAAAAAAGUGGAUGUUUAAAUCAUGCCUCAUUAUAAAAUAAAGAGAUGCCUUCUCUGUUCA